GUUUACCCGGCGUCCCCCGCGCGACGUCAUUAGACGCCAAGAGCGAGGCUGUAUGAGGCAGACGACAACUGUGGUUCUAACGACUUCGCACAUUUUACCAAGACAUUCAGUUGGAGAGUAAUGUUGUUAAGGGUCAGUCAUUUCUCACAAUGGCACAGUCUUGCGAUGGUCGGCAUUAUUCUGUUCCUUGACCUUCCAUCUACCCGAGGCCAGGGUCGACUGCAACUGCCCUUCGCUCGGUCGAGCGUGUGGAGGUCGGGACUGGACACAGUCCACAACUACGAUGACCACCUGUUAGAAUGUGGUGGAUACUGGUACAAGAAGCGCAGAGGCAAUCAGUGUGGGUUGUGUGGAGAUCCCGUUGACGGACCCAGAGAUCAUGAAGCAGGGGGACGUUACGCUACUGGUAUACUGACGGCAAGCUACUACCCGGGACAAAGGACACAGUUCAAAGUCCUGAUGAAUACCAACCAAGGAGGAUAUUUCCAGUUUAGCAUCUGUUCUCUGCAAAGCUCCAGCGAGGCAUCAACCCAGGCGUGUUUCGACCAGCAUCCAGUGCCACUUGCUGACGGAUCUGGCUUCAGGUACUAUUUACCUGAGAAUCAGCAAGGUGUCUUUACGGUCGACGUUGUCAUCCCGGAAGUGACUUGUCAAGCGUGUGUGUUGCAAUGGAUAUACACCGGAAAUCAUGCCUGGGGUUUUGAUGCUGAUGGAAAUGAGUGUCGGGGCUGUGGACCUCAGUACGAACUGAGGAACUGCGCAGACGUGGCCAUCACUUCCGGUGCAACAGUACAAAUCAAUCCAGUUAUUCAAAACUACAACAGAGCAGAAAUCAAUGGUGGCAGCUCAGGAGGGCCUUACCUGUACAAUCCAUCCAAUUCUCCGACGAGUCCGACAUUCGUGUCCCCUGAUCUGAACGGGUUCAACACCGGGCUCCGUUGCGUCGCCGUGGGAACCAAACGGAACAUGCGUGGUAUGGACGACUGGUGUACAGACAACUGCAACAAGAACUACUGCCCACAGGCUACGUGCUCGUGUCAAGGGUCACAGCAAGCGCCCUCUGGCACACCGACGGUUAGAGUUAACGAUCCUUGGGGCGAUAGCGUGAAGCAGCUUCCUUUCACAACCCCACCACGGUUUAACGGAUUCGUCACCCCCAACGUUUAUCCCCCUUACCAAACUGAAGCAGAAAGUGUUACGAGUGGAAAGCGAAACUGCGUUGGCGUUGGACCGCAGAACGAUGUUCCUGGGAUGAGCGAGUGGUGCUCUGACAACUGUAACGACCAGUUCUGUCCCAGGGACCUCUGUUCUUGUGAAGGGUCUGACGGCACCGGGCAAAGCACCUCAGGUGAUCAGAAUGGUGAGCCUGACCUCAAGCCUGCUGAUCCCUGGGGCGUCCCACAACCUCCCACAGACCUUGACGGUCCCAUCGCAGGUCCGGUAACUCCGUCCCUUCAAUGCGUCGCCAUAGGAACGAAGCGCGGAAUGAGAGGAAUGGACGAAUGGUGCACUGAAAACUGUAACAGCAAUUAUUGCCCCCGUGGCACGUGUUCUUGUCAGAGCAUUGGCAACAGCCCUCCUCAGAGCCCGCAGUCGGGAACCGAGGACCCUUGGGGAAAUGCGUACAACCAGCAGGGAGAGACUGAGAGAAAAUCCCCCGGUGCCCUCCCUUCGGUCGUGCGUAACGACAACAUCAACACCAGCCAUGAUGGACAGAAGAAAUGCGUUGGAGUCAGUCCCAGGAUGGGGCACAUGGACGAAUGGUGCACAAACAACUGCAACAGAAACCACUGUCCGCCUGCACUGUGCGCGUGUACUUGACAAUGAGGAGGUCAUCGACACACUCGUCAACGAUUGAGAAUCAUGUACGGUCUCUGAAGUAAGGCUAGCCAUAUCGCUUGUAUCAUUUGUAUCGUUUGUAUCGCUUUUUCUGCAUUUGAUUAAAAAUUCAAAGUGUC